AUGGACGCAGUGCGCACGACGACGACGACGUUGCAGGUGAUAACGGCGCUAAUGGUGAUGGUGGCGUCCGGCCAGGAGGACGCCGAGAUGGAGGAUCUCGUGACGGAAAAGGAAGCCGAGGAGAGCCACCGGCAAGACAGCGUCAAUCUGCUGACCUUCAUCCUACUGCUCACUCUCACUAUCCUCACCAUAUGGCUCUUCAAGCACCGGCGUGUACGCUUCCUUCACGAAACCGGCCUGGCCAUGAUUUACGGUCUGCUGGUGGGUGUCAUCCUACGUUAUGGCAUCCCGGCCACCAGUUAUCGCAACAAGAGCCCGCCCAGCUGCACGCUGGCCAAAGGGCCCGCCAGCAGCAGCCUGCUGCUCAACGUCAGCGGCAAGUUCUUUGAGUACACGCUCAAAGGCGAGAUCGACUCACGUGACAUUCACAAUGUGGAGCAGAACGACAUGCUGCGGAAGGUUACCUUCGACCCAGAAGUUUUCUUCAACAUCUUGCUGCCUCCCAUCAUCUUCCAUGCAGGCUACAGUCUUAAGAAGAAACACUUCUUCAGGAAUUUGGGCUCCAUUCUCACUUACGCAUUCCUUGGCACCGCUGUCUCAUGUUUCGUGAUUGGGAAUCUUAUGUACGGCGUGGUCAAACUGAUGCAAGUGCUCGGACAGCUGAAUGACAAGUUUUACUACACCGACUGUCUUUUCUUCGGCGCCAUCAUCUCCGCCACCGAUCCAGUGACAGUGCUGGCCAUCUUCAAUGAAUUACACGCGGAUGGCGACCUGUACGCGCUGCUGUUCGGGGAGAGCGUCAUGAACGACGCCGUGGCUAUUGUGCUAUCAUCCUCCAUCAUGGCAUACCAGCCAAGAGGUGCUAACACGCACAUGUUUGACGCCUUGGCCUUCUUCAAAUCUGUGGGAGUCUUCCUAGGAAUUUUCAGCGGUUCCUUCAUGAUGGGCGCCGUCACUGGGGUGGUCACCGCUCUCGUGACCAAGUUCACCAAGCUACAUUGCUUCCCACUGCUGGAGACAGGCCUUUUCUUCCUCAUGUCCUGGAGCACCUUCCUGCUGGCCGAGGCCUGCGGAUUCACUGGUGUGGUCUCUGUCCUUUUCUGCGGCAUCACACAAGCUCACUAUACCUACAACAACCUCUCCGUGGAGUCCACCAAACGAACUAAGCAGCUCUUCGAGGUGCUUCACUUCCUUGCUGAGAACUUCAUCUUCUCCUACAUGGGCCUGGCCUUGUUUACCUUCCAGAACCACAUCUUCAGCCCUAUCUUCAUCGUGGGUGCUUUUAUUGCCAUCUUUUUGGGACGCGCCUUCAACAUCUACCCCCUGUCUUUCCUUCUCAACCUGGGCCGCAGGCACAAAAUCAAAGGAAACUUUCAACACAUGAUGAUGUUUGCUGGAUUACGUGGGGCGAUGGCGUUCGCCUUGGCCAUCCGUGACACGGCCACUUACGCCCGCCAGAUGAUCUUCACCACUACACUGCUCAUCGUCUUCUUCACCGUGUGGGUCUUUGGAGGCGGGACCACACCCAUGUUGUCUUGGCUGCACAUCAGGGUGGGGGUGGACCCCGAUCGAGACCUGCAGCCUUCUGCAGGCACCUUCCAAGUUCUGCUAGAGGAUGUUCCGCAGGCUGGAGGGCAGAGCAGAACCAAACAGGAGAGCGCUUGGCUCUUUAGAAUGUGGUACACUUUCGACCACAACUACCUGAAACCCAUCCUGACGCACAGUGGCCCCCCGCUCGCCACGACGCUACCCGCCUACUGCGGACCCCUAGCCAGCUGUCUGACCAGUCCACGCGCUUAUGAGAACCCAGAGCAGCAGAGGGACCCAGACGGCGAGGACGGCGACCUGUCCUUCACGUUCGGCGACGCAGCCAUCGCCACCAACGGACUGUCCGGUGACACCGGCAGCACGACGGGUCGCAAGUCCGACGGAAAACGCGGCGGCAGCUCGUCCGAGGAGCUUUUAGAGUGCGAGUCGGACUCUCGAGAGAUCCCGAGCAGGGGCACGCGAUUGGUUUUCCCCAUCCAAGAUCACAUUUGA